AUGUCGUUCUCAAAUCUCGUCAACGAUCUCAGUUACCGGAAUCGCGGUGACUCGAACAACACCGACCGAACCGUCGACACCCGCCAGACACGAUCACAAUACUCUCGAGCACAAUCUUACGUCUCCACAGCCGCCACGAGCGUCAGCAUCAGCGGUGAUAUCUCAAGUCAACUCCAUGGCGGAUACUCACACCCACUGGCAAGAGCAUGGCAGGCAGAACGGCAGUUGACCAAGAGCAUGCUCAUCUAUCCCGUUUUCAUCACGGACAACCCAGACGAGGAGACCAGCAUCCCUAGUCUUCCCAAUCAAAAGCGCAUAGGCUUGAACCGCCUCGUUCCCUUCUUGACGCCGCUUGUCGCCAAAGGUCUCAAAAGUGUUAUGUUGUUUGGUGUGCCGCUACACCCUUCGGCAAAGGACACCCUCGGCACCGCAGCAGAUGACCCACAAGGACCUGUCAUUUCUGGUAUCCGAUUGCUACGACGGGCGUUUCCACAGCUCUUCAUCACCUGCGACGUCUGUCUCUGCGAGUACACAUCACACGGUCACUGUGGUAUCCUGCAUGAGGAUGGCUCGCUCAACAACAGCCUUUCGGUAGAUCGGGUCUCCGAUGUCGCCAUUGCCUACGCGCAAGCUGGAGCGCACUGUGUAGCACCCUCAGACAUGAACGAUGGACGCAUUCGUGCGAUCAAACUGAAGCUCAUCGAGGCCGGCAUCGCGCAUCGUAUUGUCCUCAUGUCAUACUCGGCCAAAUUCAGCGGAUGUCUAUACGGCCCAUUCCGUGAUGCGGCAGGCUCGAUUCCCAGCUUCGGUGAUCGCAAGUGCUAUCAGCUACCACCGGGAGGUCGAGGACUCGCACGUCGCGCCAUCGUCAGAGACAUUGCGGAAGGUGCCGACAUCAUCAUGGUCAAGCCUGCGACACAAUACCUAGACAUCAUUUCUGACGCAAAGGAAAUCGGCAAGGAUCUGCCCAUCGCAGCCUACCAUGUGAGUGGAGAGUAUGCCAUGAUCCACGCUGCCGCGCAGGCCGGUGUGUUUGAUUUGAAAACGAUGGCAUUCGAGGCGACGGAGGGAGUACUACGUGCAGGAGCCAGCAUCGUCGUGAGCUACUUCACGCCCGAAUUUUUGGAUUGGCUAGAAACCUAA